UUCUUGGUACAUGGAAACGUCCCCUGGGCUGGAAGUCUCGGAGGACGAGUGUCACGGAGUGUGGGGGAGUCAGGGCCCUGCACCCCCCACCCCCCGCGAUCCACCGUGACUCCCAGCCAGAUAGUAAAACAGAAGGUUUAUUAGACGACAGGAACACGGUCCCAAGCAGGGCCCACAGGCGCAGCCAGGCCCCCCAGCUGGGGGGCAAGGAUCCCAGACCUCAGACUUGGGGCUCCCUGCCUCCUCCCAGCCAGCCCCAAAAACUGAAACCAACCCCCCCGCUCCAGCAGGCUCUCUCCCCCUCCUUCUCUCCCCCUCCUCCCUUUGACCAGGUUCCCGGGCAAAGGUGUCGACUCCCCCCACCCCCCUUCCUAGCUCAGCUUACAGGCUCAGGUACCGUCUCUCACCUAAAGUCACCCCCUGCUCUCCCAUCAGACAUUCCCAGGUCAACCCGCCCCGCAGGCCUGUAAGGAACUGGGAAGGAUCAGCAUCCCGUUAGGGGACGGGGUGUGAUUGAAGCUGGGCAGCGAUUCCUAUUGUUAUUUGUCUGAUAGCAACCAAGGGCAGGUUCCCGAGAGGCAGGACUUCCAAUUAAAGUAGCCACCCAAAGGGUGGGAGGGGAAAGAGGCACCCAGAAGGAAAGUGACUGGCCCAAGGCCACCCAGCAGAUCGGUGGCAGAGCCAGGGCCAGCACCCAGCUCUCUGCCCCGUGCCCUGCACCACGCGGGCAGGAGUUGACCGAUUGCCCCUUGUGCCCCUGGAGUCUCCGCCAAGGCAACGGGGCGUGUUGGCCUUAGGGUGGGGGGGCAGAUCUGGUUCCGGUCCAAGGUGACCCUUUGCCCCCAGCCAGAACCUUGGAGAUUCGGGAAGUUCAGGAGCAUGUUUCUUGCAUCCUCGCACCGGCAGCAACCCCUUCCCCGUCGAAACGCAGCUGCCGUGGUGUCCCCCCCGUUGCACAGCUGGGGGGGGCAGUGGAGAGGGUGGAAGGGGUGAUGUCUAUAUUCGCGUGGCGUGUUCACCCCCUUUUUUGCCCCGCUCUCAGAUGGUCGCCUCUGCGAAGCUCUGGCCCGUGCUGGUUGCCGUGACCCUCUGUGUGCUGUUCUGCUUGGGGGCGCUGGUGGAAGCCUACCCCCCGAAACCAGAGAACCCCGGAGACGACGCCUCCCCGGAGGAAAUGGCCAAAUACUUCUCUGCCCUGCGGCAUUACAUCAACCUAGUGACGAGGCAGCGGUACGGGAAGAGAUCCAGCCCAGAGGCCUUGAUGUCCGAGCUGCUCUUCGGGGACAGCAGCGACCACACCGGCAGAUCGCGGUACGAGGACUCCUACCUAUGGUGAUGGGCUCCCCCCCUCCCCACCCCCCACGGCCUCUUUUUAAAUGUUCCGAGUCUUUUGGUGUCAUUUGCGUUUUUAAUUGAGUCCUGAG